AUGACUUCACCAACCAUCCAAAAGGAUUUGAUUAAUUGUUGUGCUGUAGAGACGACAAGGGCUAUUAUCAAUGAGAUUGGUGAUUCUUUGUGUUCAAUUUUAGUUGAUGAGGCUCGUGAUAAAUCUAUGAAAGAACAUAUGGCAGUUGUUUUAAGGUUUGUUGAUAAAAGUGGGCGAGUGAAGGAGCAUUUUUUGGGUAUAUCCCAUGUCACUGAUACUUGUGCCCAAUCACUGAAGGAUGCCAUUGAUGUAAUAUUUUCUACACAUGGGAUGAGUAUAUCUAGUCUAAGAGGUCAAGGCUACGAUGGAGCAAGUAAUAUGUCAAGUGAGUUCAAUGGGUUGAAAGCUUUAAUUCUUAGAGAGAACCUACAUGCUAUGUAUGUUCAUUGCUUCGCUCACCAGCUUCAGUUGGCAAUUGUAUAUGUGGCACGUAGGAAUUGUAUGGUUGGUGAUUUUUUGGACGUACUUGCUAUUAUUGUGAAUUUGAAACUUAAUACUGGGGAACUUACUGGUGGAAGUGGUCAAUUUCAAGAAAUGAGUUUGGCACGCCCAGGUGAUACUAGAUGGGGCUCACAUUUAUUGACAGUUACUCAUUUCAUUAAUAUGUUUAAUGCUAUUAUAGAUGUUCUUGAGAAUAUAUCAGAAGAUGGCGUACAUUCAGAUCAAAAAUCUUCGGCCUUAAGACAGACGAACAAUAUGCAAGAUUUUGAGUUUGUGUUCAGUCUUCACUUUAUGUUUGAAAUUCUUGCAAUUACAGACGACCUUUCACAAGCCUUACAGAAAAAGGAUUAG